AUGAACCCCCUCAGCCGCCGUCCCCCGGCUGUCAUGCUGCUGCUGCUGCUGGCUGUCUGCGUUGCGAGCCCGCAGCUCGCGGCGGCCCAGCGCGGCCCUGGGCGCGUUUUUGGCGGGUCUCGCCCGCUCGCCAGCGGGCCGGGCGCGGCCGCGCUGCAGCGCUGGCUGUCUCAGCUGUUCUCCGCCCCCGUGAAGGCGCCGGCCGUGCGCACCACCACCCUGCCCGACGGCCGCGAGGCCGCCACAGUCGAUUUUGUUGCGCUGCCCGUCAAGGCCACAAUCAAGCCCGACGGCCAAGUGCGUUUUGAAGACCCGGACGCGCAGCUGAAGCGCAACGCCACUGCGGACCCCCAGGACGACACCGCCGACCUCACCCGGGCGGACCCCGUGACAGAGGCCGUCCAGGCUAUUGGCGGCUUGCUCGGCGGCGCGGCCCCCGACGUGAUCCAGGGCCUCGUGGGCGCGGUCAGCGGCGCAGUCAACGGCGCGAUCCAGGGCGCCGCCGGCGCGGCCGGCGGCGCGGUCCAGGGCGCCGCGGGCGCAGCAAACGGCGCGAUCCAGGGCGCCGUCGGCGCGGUCAACGGCGCGGCCGGCGCGUUGACCGGCGCCCUCAACGCGGUCGGCGGCGCCGUCAACGGCACCCUGGACCCCGACGGCGACGGGGACAUCGAGCUGACGGUCAACCCUACGCUGUCGCUGACUUUGACUCCCUUCUCCCUGGACCCCACCCUCCAGCUGGCCGCGAACCCGACCCUGUCGCCCACCAGGCAGAGCACACUGGCCGCGUCAACGCUGGCGCCCUCCUUGUCUGGCGUGCUGUCGCCCACGAAGCAGCCGUCCCUCUUCGAAGGGGCGCGUGGCGCCCGCCUCGCUCCAUCCCCUCCAUGA